CUGUCAGUCAGGAUCGGCAUGCUUGUCGAUCUGCUAUCGUUUCUUCCUCUCAUUCUUUUAUCACUCUCAUUCUUUUCAUUUGGCAGGAUCUUCUUACAACCAUCUUUGGCCACCUCAAAUUAUAUAUCCUAGUGACAUCACACACGCUUGUGUUCAUAAAAGAUUCCCUAAACUCAAUGCUGGUCCUCCCUCUUCUCACCUGGGUCUUAGGAUCGGCGCCAUUUGCAGUCCACGUACUAGCAGACGGCAACUCAUCCAUCUAUCACCACAAGGCAGACCUAGACACAUACAAUAUAUUAAAGCGCAAUGCGGCUAUUGAAAACCAGCUAUCCCAAACGCCCGUCCAGGGUAUCAGGAAGAUGAGCGACGAUGAAGGAGAGAAGUUCUUCCUUGACUACUGGCGCUUUGAAGAGGCCAACCAGACCGAUCUACACAGCUCUCAAAACUCAGAAAUGAUACAACCUGAUCUUCCUCCCCGUCUAUACCCCUAUCAGCCUUCUCACCUGGUUGAGACGUCUGACUCCCACGGAUGGAUGAGCCAUUUCUCACCGCUACUUCGGCGAGAUUUCAAAUGCCCCGCGGGCACAGAUUCUUGCACCUCGAUUAAUCGCCCAAACAGUUGCUGUAGUACGGGAUCGACCUGUGAGCUGGUCCAGGAUACAGGAUCUGGUGAUGUAGGAUGUUGUCCGAACGGACAACAAUGCUCUGGUACUAUUGGUUCAUGUCAGCAGGGGUACACUAGCUGCCCUGCGUCAUUGGGCGGCGGUUGCUGCAUCCCCGGAUACGAAUGUGUCAGCGGUGGCUGUGCCAACGUCUACACGGUGACAAUCACGCUGAGUUCGACCAUCAUGGUAUCCACGUUCACGUCUACAGUUCCCGCGACCAGCACGGUUUCUAGCAGCAGAAGUAGCAGCAGCUCGACGAAAUCAUCGUCGGAGUCCACAGGAGAGUUCACUCCUCCUGCUCGACCCACAAGUCUUUCGACGGCUACUGCCUCCCAGACCGGGUCGAUCUGUCCUAUUGGCUUCUAUGCCUGUUCAGCCGUCUACCACGGAGGAUGUUGCCGAACCGGUCGUGACUGCGACACCACCUCCUGCCCGGAGACCCCGUUGACCACAAUCACGACCAACGACCGCACCAUCGUGGUACCUGUUGAGACCGAGGCACCGCCCGUGACUACCGGGCGAUGCGCGAGUGGAUGGUUCAGCUGUGCAGAUACAGUAGGUGGGGGAUGCUGUCCGACAGGGUUCGCAUGCGGCUCGAGCUGCACAGCCGUGGCGACAGCGACAGCAACGGGGACGGUCGCCAAAGAGCAGCCCACCAAUUCCGCCGGCGGCCGACGACCUCUCCUGGAAGGAACGAGGAUAUUUGGAAUCAGCAUGGUAGGAAUACUCUGGACGAUUGGAUGAGAUGAUGAUUUGCAUGUAUUUACACGGCAUAACGAGUAUAACGAAGACAAGACAAGCCAUUAAUAAUAAGCGUAACAACAAGUGACAGAGAAAGAUAUCUCCCCCGUGGGGGGGAGAGGGGGGCAAUUGUUGCUCGGCAAGCGUUGUGGGGCCGUCGGACGCUCACCGGGGCUGGGAUUUUUCCCCUUCGGGAAUUGGUCCGAUACACUCCGACCUCCUCCCUCUUCGUUUUGCGU